CCCCGCGGGCAGAUCGAAAUCCUAAAAGCGAGAAAGUUCUGAUGUAACUCGCCCCUGCCGGAUGAUCGUUAAUUAAACGAUUGUGUAACGAACACGUCGCGUACGCACUUGCGAGCAUCGAUCUUACGGAUGAAGGAGUGUAACGUCACGGAUAACGAUCUUGCUCCUUUGUUCACGCUCGACUGUUAAAUCAAUUCAGCGGCGUUAAUAGGGAAAGAAAAUAACUCUCCGCAUAGAGUACUCACGCUUGUGUUUACGAGAGGCGGAAUGCGGUAACGUAUAGGAUCAUUUUCAGGACGCGAGUCUUCCGUAAACGGCAAGUUAUUUAUAAAAUGUGAAAAAUUAUCGAGAAAGUUAAGCUACAUUAUAUCAGAUCGUAAUUAUCUUAGCUCAACAAGAUAUGUUAAUCGUCUUAACGAAACGUCUUAACAAAGGAUAAAACUCUCGAUUGAAAAUUGCAGAAGAAAACUCAACUAGAAUUGGCCAAGACUUCGCGCUGUUUAAUUAUUUCUUCGCUUUUUUUAUCAAAAAGAAAAAAAAGACACACUAAAUACUUGCAUUCCGUUCUAAAUGAGCAGCGUGUGCAAUGAUAUGUUACAAAUGUUAUCAUAAAUAUAUGUACAAUAAUUUAUAUUCGAUAUGAAGAAUGUCGCGAGAGUAGAUCAUUUAAAUUGUUCUAGAUAGAUCUGCAAAAAUUGUUGUGUGCCUUUGAGACUCAAAUCUUCAAAAGUGUCAGUAAGAUAUUUCGCGAGACGGGAGAAAGAAAAAAAAAAGAGAAAAGGCCUUUUCGCGACGCGGGAAGCAUUUAUAUAGACGACACAUUAUUCUUAUUCUGCGCACAUGUCGUCAUUCUAAGCCCUGCCGCCAGGGACAAUGCCAUUGCCAUAGUGAAACAGUGAAAGUAUGGUCAUUUUGCCCUCGCGCGCGCCUCUGCUCUUCCCACUCGUAUUCGCAUACAAACACGCACGCACGCACCGCACACGCAAUGACAUUUCGCGAUAGUCUCGUUUUGAACGUCGCAUCUCUCGACAAAACGCUCUUCACGUAGCAACGCAGUGUAAACGCGUGAAAUUAUUCGUGCGUGCGCUAAAGAUGAGAGCGCAAUGCGGAUUCUCCUAGGAUGCAUCAUCUGCCUUCUAUCAGCGGCCAACGCAAGAACCGCGAUAAUGCCGCCACCGUGGGCUGAUCCUUCGAGCAACCCGUGCGCCGCACAACCGCGCGGUUGGCAGUUGCUAUAUUGGCCAGCCGAUGGAAAAUGCUACAAAAUAUUCCAGAUCGGCGCCCCGUGUCCGGAAAGCAUGGAAUUGGGCCCCGCGGCCGACGGCGGCGGAACAAUCGCGGAAUGCCGAUGUCCCCCAGGAACCGCGCAAUCGCCCAGGGACGCCCUGUGCCAUCCGAUAUUCACGAGAGCGUCCUGUUCCGAGGGUCAAUUCUUCGCACCGGUGCCUGAGGCGCCCAGUAAAUUGGGAUCGAAACGACGAUGGGGAGUAUGUCGCGAUCCUGAACCCUGUGACGAACGAGGCGAAAUCUACUGGCCGAGGGAUAGUAAAUGCUAUCCGCGACUCAGCAGAGGUCCUUGUCCGCGCGGUGAGCUCCUCGUCUUGGACGAAAACGGUCUAGCGACCUGUUCGUGCUCGACGACCGGCGAACUGGGUAGAUAUCAUUGGCUGGGGAGCGGCGGCGGCUGUUACGAGCACUAUACCAAGGGUCCGUGCUUGGAAUCGGGAGAACUGUUUUUGCCAGGUGGCAUAUGCGGAUGCCAUUCUCAAUUACCUCACUACCACGAACCGAGCGGAAUGUGCUAUCAAUUAGGCGGCGUCGGUCCAUGUUCGCAAGGACAUCAUUUUGUGGUAACUAUGGACGCCCGAUCAUCGACACAAGAGGAUGUUGUGCGAGCCAGAUGUGUGUGCAAAUCGGGUCACAUAUUAUACAAAAACGGACAAUGCUAUCGACUGCACACGAGAGGACCCUGCGAGAAUGGUUAUAUGUUGAUCAACUCGUCGACCUGCGUUCCUGUGCCGUGCAAACGCGGCAGGUUGUACUUUCCUCAGGAGAAGACUUGCUACAAGAUCGGCACACGAGGACCGUGCCCGAACGGUCAGAUAGUGUUGUAUGAUUACAAUGUCAGGCCGUCCCUUGAUGGGAUCGGAUAUAACGGCGUGUGCGGAUGUACUAGUAUCAUGAGGGACGCUGGCAAAUGCGUGGAAGGCGAUAGUGAUGACUGCGAGAGCACACCGGGUAUGGUGAUGAUUAAUAAGACCUGCUACAAACUGUACACGCAGGGCCCGUGCACCGCGGGCGAAUGGUUAGUUGCACAAAGAAUACCGAGAAACACUCGAUUGUGGCGAGAGAGAAAGUCGCAAUCAAAAGCUAGAUGCGAAUGUCGACCCGGUUACAAGAGAAUCGUCGAGAACUCGGGAGAGGCUCUGGAGGAGCUGGAAAGCAAUAGUCUGAUCUCGCUAAAUGGCUGCCAGCCACCCGCGGUGAGCCUGGCGAAAUUUCUCAACGAUAACGUCAAGUCGAUGACGAUUUAAUUGGCUGCGCAGUAAAUCUGCAUUGCCUCAUUUAUAAUUUAUUACAGAUUCCACGAGAUAAAUUUAUUUUUUUAUCUAGCAAAGAACGUGUAUGAUGUGUUCAAAUAUUUCAGUCGAAAGAAUAACGAUAGAUUUAGUUUUGUACAUAAUGUUAUAAUUAUUUUUUUAAUUUUAUCUCGUUUUAUGUCGUCGAACGAAGUUUUAUUUAUUAUGUUUUAUACCUUAAGCAUUGUAAAUACCAUUUCUACGGUUUUGUGACUUAAAGCUUAGAGUUUCUCGAGAAACAUGUGCCACUUUUUUUUUAGAAGAAUUACUGAACGUUGUAAAUAAACACAGAUGUACUUACUCA